AAAAUCCUCUCCUCCGCGUUAGAAAUUGCAGAAGCAGAUCAAUCAAUCGAUCAAACAAUGGCAUCAUCUCGAAAUCGAAUAUUGAAGCUGAGCACUGUGAAACCUCAUUCCCUUUCACAAAUACUGCGCCGCUUCAGCUCCAUGAGAGACCCAUCAACUGGUUUCAAUGCCAGUUUCAAUUCCAACAACGAAGUAAAUAAUGGAAGAGAAGUGCAGAGUCCUCCUCAUCCCAUACCAAACAGACCCUUAAGAGGCGAGAGAGGUGAGAGACCAUUACAGCAUCCUCGGUCUCAGUCUUCUCCUUCUUCUGGAGGACCCAGAAAUGUUAAGCAUCAAUCUGAUGAUGCUUUUCUUGAUAAAUUCAAGCUCCGUCUUGACAGGAAGAAGGAUAAUGAAAUCCCACUGCCAAACAGACCUCCUCCUCCUCCUUCUCCUUCAGGUAAUGAUAUUAAACAAGAAGAAAACGUGAAUUCGCCGCCUCCGGAUGCGGAUGACAUCUUCAGGAAGAUGAAGGAAACUGGGCUAAUCCCAAAUGCUGUAGCUAUGCUUGAUGGGCUAUGCAAAGAUGGCCUUGUUCAAGAAGCCAUGAAACUGUUUGGAUUAAUGCGAGAGAAAGGUACAAUUCCUGAAGUUGUUGUCUACACUGCUGUUGUUGAUGGGUAUUCUAAGGCUCACAAGCCUGAUGAUGCCAAGAGAAUUUUUAGGAAAAUGCUUGAUAAUGGGAUAACUCCUAAUGCUUUUAGUUACGGUGUUUUGAUUCAAGGAUUGUAUAAAUGUAACUUGCUUGAUGAUGCUAUUGAUUUCACUUUCCAAAUGUUGGAAGCUGGUCAUUCUCCUAAUAUCACUACUUUUGUGGGUUUGGUUGACGGGUUAUGUAAAGAAAAGGGUGUUGAAGAAGCUCAAAGCGUUAUUGGGUCUUUGAGGCAGAAAGGGUUUUUCAUUAAUGACAAAGCAGUUAGAGAGUUCCUGGAUAAAAAUGCACCACUUUCUUCUUCAGUUUGGGAAGCUAUAUUUGGCAAGAAACCCUCAAAUAAACCUUUUUGAAUCACAUUUUCUUGGUCAUCUAGUGCUGCUAUACCUUGUAAGUGAUUAUGUCUUGUUUUUCUCUUCAAACUUGUUGCAAACAUGUCUGAAAUUGCAUGGGAUAAUUCACCAAUUAAAGGUAUUUACUCUGUUUUACUUUCUUA